UAUUUCUGGUUGCACAAAAUGACUGAUUUGACAUUCCCUUGAUAGAUAAUACAUUAGAAGGGGAAAAGAUCAAACCGUUGGUUAUCGGGAAGUCGAAAAAUCCAAGGUGUUUCAGUGGUAUCAAACAGGAUCGUCUGCCGGUAAUGUACAAAUCUAACAAGAAAGCCUGGAUGACUGGCGAAAUCUUUGAAGAAUGGCUACACUGGUUUGACAGACAAAUGAAAGGUAGAAAAGUGCUUCUUUUUGUGGACAAUGCACCAUCCCAUCCUCAGGUUAAUCUCAAAAAUGUCAAUGUUAAGUUCUUACCACCAAAUACAACAUCUCUAUGCCAACCAAUGGACCAAGGAAUAAUUCAGGCAAUGAAACUCAAGUACAGGAAGAAACAACUACAGUACGUGAUCAGUCAAAUGGAACUUAAGCAGGGAAAAAGUGGAUUUGAUCUGUUGAAAGAUAUAAGUGUGCUGGAUGCAAUUUACUGGGUAGCACGUGCAUUUAAAGAAGUUGAAAUAAGCACCAUUGUUAAGUGUUUCGCGAAGUGUGGAUUUCAGUUAAACAGUGUUGAAAGUGAAAGUGAAUGCACAGUGUUGAACGAUUCAGAGAGUGAUGAAGAGGAGGAUGAUAACUAUCCAAUAGCGCUUCAUGUAAUGGCUCGACAGUUGUUCGAUUGUGAUUUUAUGGAAUUGUUGAAUAUUGACAAGGAGUUCAUAUUAUUAGCCACGUGUAAAAAUGUAAGAUAUGGUACUCACAAGUGA